AUGGACGGAGGCCGUGGCCAGAGAGCUGUGGAUGGAGGCGAACUCGGAUCACCAAAUAGUCCUCCACCUACAACUUACACUGCGCGACACGAGUUGCCGACACCUUUUGUGGCAUUGCAUGAUUAUGUGGCACCAAGAUCAGUCAACACAAAUAUCAACGAAAGUAGCCUCUUCCCAC